GACGAAAACACACCCUUCGUGUGAAGUCUGCAGAACACAACAAACGACAAGCUGUUCCAUGUGUAUGUGAUUCAUACAGCAGUAAGCAUGCUAACCGCACAGAAGGCAUGUGCAGCCUUGGCUUCCAGGCGCCUUGUUGGUGCUUCUAUACCCUCCACAUUCUCACACUCCCGGCAGCUCCAUACGACAAGGUCAUGUCAAGACCAGGUGGAACUGAAUCCAGAAUGGGUCAACCUGGCUAAGAAACAGCUAAAGGGGAAGAACCCAGAGGAUCUGAUAUGGCACACGCCAGAAGGCAUCAACAUCAAGCCUGUUUAUUCUAAAGCCGACUCGGCUGCUUCACCAGAUGAACUGCCGGGUGUGUUUCCCUACACUAGGGGGCCCUACCCCACCAUGUACACAUACAGACCCUGGACCAUCAGGCAGUACGCUGGCUUCAGCACAGUGGAGGAGAGCAACAAGUUCUACAAAGAUAACAUUAAAGCUGGACAACAAGGUCUCUCUGUGGCCUUUGACCUUCCCACUCACCGUGGUUAUGACUCAGACAAUCCGCGUGUCCGCGGAGAUGUUGGAAUGGCUGGAGUGGCCAUAGACACAGUGGAGGACAUGAAGAUGCUGUUUGAUGGAAUCCCCCUGGAGAAGAUGUCCGUUUCCAUGACGAUGAAUGGGGCAGUCAUCCCUGUACUGGCCAUGUUUAUCGUGACAGGAGAGGAGCAGGGUGUGUCCAAGGCCAAACUGACUGGCACCAUCCAGAAUGACAUCCUGAAGGAGUUCAUGGUGCGCAACACAUAUAUUUUCCCGCCGGAGCCUUCCAUGCACGCUAUCGCCGACAUCUUUGCAUAUACCUCCAAGCACAUGCCAAAGUUCAACUCAAUUUCCAUCAGUGGCUACCAUCUUCAGGAGGCUGGAGCAGAUGCCAUCUUGGAAGUGGCCUACACCAUUGCCAAUGGCUUAGAGUACUGCCGCACAGGCCUUAAAGCCGGCCUUAGCAUUGACGAGUUUGCCCCCAGGUUGUCAUUUUUCUGGGGCAUUGGAAUGAAUUUCUACAUGGAAAUUGCCAAGCUGAGGGCAGCCAGGAGACUGUGGGCCACACUCAUCAAAGAGAACUUCCAGCCCAAGAAUGCAAAGUCUCUCCUCCUCCGCACACACUGCCAGACUUCAGGCUGGUCUCUCACUGAACAGGACCCUUACAACAAUGUGGUGCGCACUGUCAUCGAAGCCAUGGCAGCCGUGUUUGGGGGGACCCAGUCGCUCCACACCAACUCUUUUGACGAGGCCCUGGGUUUGCCCACAGUGAAGAGUGCCCGCAUCGCCAGGAACACUCAGAUCAUCAUCCAGGAGGAGUCAGGCAUCCCCAAGGUGGCCGACCCCUGGGGGGGCUCGCACAUGAUGGAGGCCCUCACCAAUGACGUCUAUAACACAGCUCUAAAGUUUAUCAAGGAAAUUGAGGAAAUGGGCGGCAUGGCCAAGGCUGUGGCAGAGGGCAUCCCGAAACUACGCAUUGAGGAAUGUGCUGCACGUAGACAGGCCCGCAUUGACUCAGGUUCAGAGGUCAUUGUGGGAGUGAACAAGUACCGCCUGGAAAAGGAGGAGACGGUGGAGGUGCUGGCCAUAGAUAACACCCUGGUGCGCCAGAAACAGAUCGAUAAACUCACAAAGGCGAGGGAGAGCCGUGACCCAGAAAAGGCAAAGCAGUGCUUGGCUGACAUUGAGGAGUGCGCCCGAACCAGGAAGGGGAACCUGCUUGCCCUGGCUGUGGAGGCCGCCCGAGCCAGGUGUUCAGUCGGGGAGAUAACUGAUGCCAUGAAGGAGGUGUUUGGAGAACACAAAGCCAGCACCAGGAUGGUGAGCGGCGCUUACCGAAGUGAGUUUGGGGAGCAUGAAGAGAUAUCUCUGGCCCACAACAGGGUCUCAGAUUUUAAGAAGCACGAGGGCAGGAAUCCUCGUCUGCUGGUGGCCAAGAUGGGGCAGGAUGGCCAUGACAGGGGCGCUAAGGUCAUUGCCACGGGGUUUGCUGAUCUGGGCUUCGAUGUAGACAUUGGACCACUUUUUCAGACUCCCCUGGAGGUGGCACAGCAGGCGGUAGAUGCAGAUGUACACUGUGUCGGGGUCAGCACACUGGCAGCAGGACACAAAACCCUGGUGCCUGAGCUCAUCAAGGAGCUGAGGAACCUCAACAGGCCGGACAUCCUUGUCAUCUGCGGAGGUGUCAUCCCACCACAGGACUACGACUUCUUGUACCAGAGCGGUGUGUGUUCCAUCUUUGGCCCGGGCACCAGGAUCCCACAAGCUGCAGUUGAGGUUAUCGACAACAUCGAGAAGAGCCUGGAAAAUAUCCGUCAGGCCAUAUGAAAACUUAGCCAAAAUCCACAACAGUGAUAAAGCUGCUGGACCUCUGUGUCACUGACAGAGUUGCAUAUGGGAAGCUGAUGGUGCUGUAUGUAUUCUGUUUGACCAGCAGCUAAAGGCCUUCAUUUCCUACUCUCAAUUUGCAAAAUGCGCAGCAGUAAAGGUUCUGAUGAAGACUCAAGUCAUUAAUCUUGAGCAACACAGAGAGCACGGACUAAGACAUUGCGACUGGGAUUGGGAUUGUUUUUGGGUUGUUUUUUUUUUCUUCAGAUUUACCUUGCGAAUAUAUGUGUACUCAGUUGGACAUUUUCAACCCUGUAAACUAUAAAAAACAACAGCCAGCCCAACACAAAGUUUGGUUAAAUGAAAAAAAAAACGCAUUCCAGGAUUCAAAACGGCAUAGAUGAAGAGCUAUUGCAUCCCCCACAGGAAGCUGUCACAUCGUUUUGUGUCCUUGUGAUUUAUUCACUCACUUUUAGGAGCACAGCCCCUAUUUGGGUACCACACAAUUAUGGCAGAAAGCAGUGAUGAGACACUCGAGUUCUCAACAACUUGGUCAGUAAUAUCCCACAAAUAUCCUGGACAUUGGCCACCCACAGAAGAGUUUGAACCCUAACACUUGGCGUGUAGUAUUGAGGUUGGUGUUAAAGACAACUUUCCAACAGAGUUGUAAACUGUCCCGCAUUUAUUACAUAGAUUGUGGCAUUUUAUUUCGUCAUGUGGAGGUUUAUUUAGAGAUCUACGAUUAAGUACAGUAAAGUAUGACCACAAUAAGAAUUUUGUUAAGGAUCAGCAGAACAGUUUGCUUGCAUAACAAAUAAGACGCUACACAGCAAGAAGAAUACAAUUGGGCUUUUGUGUAAAUAUAAUGCUUUUUAUUGAAAUGACUGUACAUCUUGAUCUCAGUGGAUCCCAUCAAGAAGUGAUCGAGGUUAUUAAAAUGGAUAUGAGUACACUGGAGCUAAACUCAAGACUAACUGCUCUCUACUACUUACAUAUAUCUUAACAGCGCCUCCUUUUCAGUGGAAAUCAAGAGAUGAUGGAAAGUGGCCUUCUCUUGUUUCGUCCUUUCACUGCUUGUUACAUAGUUCUGAUUCCUCUUUAGAGGUAACGUUUACCCUUCAUUGAGCUCAGAUUAUAUUUUUCUACAUUAUUCUGAAUGUUUGAUUCUCUUGCUGGAGUGAACAAUAAAGCAAUUAAACUUUGAAAAUGUUUCUCCCUUCCCUCUACAUCACGUGGACUCUUCUUUUCACUUUUGUGUCAGAAAUUUGAGCAGACCCAAAAUUAGUAAGGCUAAGCCAGAGA